CUUAAACUUUAUAUAAUAUUUCGUCUACCAACGACUUUGGAUAUCAUUUUUAUCACAUUUUACUCAACUUCAAAAAUUACUUCACACAAAGAGGCAACUUUUUUAGGGUCUACUUAUCUGUAAUUUCUAUGAAAAUACCAUGAUUGGCUCUGUAGAGCGCAUUGAAAAAAAUGACCAGCCUGCAUUAAGUUGGGUAGCAAUAUUCGUGGCACCCUCCCAGCCAUCUUGGGUGGCUGUUUUUCCGUAUUGUGCGUUAACAUAGUCAAAUAGGACCUUUUUUAUUUUCGCCCUGAUCAAUCUCUCGACGAGACGGAAAUGUAAAUCCUAUCUUGAAAUUAAUAUCCAUUGGAAUUGAAUUCGUUCCCCUUUCGUCUGCACGAAUGCCUGACGGAACCGAGACCAAAACUUGAAAGGCUACAAAACAAAAAUCUUCUUUCUCUCCUCUCCUUCAUAGUCUUUCUCUCGACGACAGACAGAAAGAAAUGACAUGAUUCAUUUCCCCGUGUGGAGCUACUGCUAUUUGACUUGGGUGCUUUGGGCUCAAGUUCCAUUGGGUGGAUGGUGUGAGCUCGAACAAGAGAAACCUCGUUAUUUCCAAAGAACCCAAUCCACAUCAUCGGUCCAGUGGCCCCAGGUGUUCCAUCAGGUCAAGGGAGAAUCCAACCAAUGGACCAAAAUAGACCGAGCUUGCCGUCAUUUUGGACCCAGUAUGUCCUCAUUGAAAAGCAAUUGGACCGAAGCAUUUGCAUUUUGCCAUGCUCACGGUGGAGAGAUGGUGAAUUGGAACACCUUGGAUACGAAUCAACUCGUGAGGGCCGACAAUGAAUUCAAAACGCUUAAUUGGGAGGACAUGGCGCAAACUGGACGGCACGAGGAGGUGAUUUCUUCUUAUUGGCUCGAAUCUGGUCCCAAAGGAGCUCGGCCUUCAAAACAGCCUUUUGUUGUCAACCACGAUGGCACACAAGAAUAUACACCAAUGUCAUCACCAUCAACAAUGGUCAUAACACCCAGACCUUGUGCCAAUCAUUCUGAUGCCGACGUCACCUUGGAGCGUCAGUGCCUCAAAUUGAAUAUGAUGCUGAUCAAGCAUAACCCGUCGAGUUCGUCUCUGCCAUCGUCGAUACUGAUGCUGAUGGAUUGGAACAACAGAAACGAGAAAAGGUUGCCAUCUCCAUCCUUCGUUUUCUGUUGGGAAUUGACCAGCUGCUCAAACAAGGCUGCACUCCCAUUAUGUGUUAAGAGAGGGGCUACUUGUCCACCGCAUCAUUUGGCUCAGCAAGGAAAGGGGUCUAGCUCCAGGUUCAAGAGGUUCAUUAACCAUCCCUUUCGACUCUUGAGGAGGAUGCCUGCUGGAAGUCAAGAUUAUGCCAAGCAAAACAUUGACCAAAAUGAACAAGUCCGCGAUCUCGAUCUCAUCCCUGAAAGCGACGAAGACCACCAUGAGGAAGAAAGCCUUGCCCCAAAGAUCAAUAAACAAUGGUCUUCAAAUCGGGUUGGAGAAUCAUCCCAACCUGCCCAAAAAUGCUGUCCAAGUCCAUGGACAUUCACCGAUGGGGGUUGUUACCACGUGGACAAGAAGUCAUGCCCAGAAGGUUGCUCUUGGACGGACGCCAAGGCUGAGUGUGUUCAUAUUGGAGGCUCCAUUGCAGUCUUGAGCUCCAAACCAUCCAGGAUAGGAGCUUUGAAGGCCGUUGAAGAUCUGGAUGGUGAAAAAGACCAACUCUUUUGGGUUGAGUUACCAGAAGAGGGUUCAAAGGAUACCCGCAGGCAUUGGUGUUCAGGGUUCCCACAAUCCGUCAACAAGAACCUGUGCAUCCAACUUCGUUUUAACGGUAACGGAGCAGGCUGUUGGGAGCAUGAGCUAUGCCAAAAACAAAGACUGCCAAUCUGUUACCGAGAUUUUGAUACCACAAAUUGUUCAAAAGGGCUCCCUUUCCUCGGCUCGAAAAUUGGUCCUUCCGAAAACCAGAUGACUGUUUUACAGCCAACGUCAGAAUUGCCAACACCAUCGAAAUCUAGGAUCAAAACACAAAGCUCCUCGACAAAUAUCAUAACAUCAUCAACUUCCCACGACAUAGAAAGCUCCACCAUCCCAUAUCCGACAAAAAUUGAAGUGAAUAAGUCACUCAAGGGUGAUAAUGCCUCGGAAAAUGUUGACCAAGGACCUACAUUGAACACUGGUGCAAAUAAAUCCCCCCCAAAAUCUCACAACUUCGUGGAUGUCCUGAGGAACAUCAAGAUUAUUGAACGUAUGGAAGUGAUUGUGGAGCAGCAAAGCAAAAUCUUGAAGGACAUCAAAGAAGAGUACAAGAAGGAACAAGUCGAAAAUCGUCUGCCAGAGGAUGAGGCAAAUGCACCCUUCUCGGUGAACAUAACUGGCCAAGAAGAUUCGCCAGCCAAUGGCGAUUCAAUCUUGAAGAAGGCUAACAGUAUCCGAAUCUUCCAUGAACAACCAGAAACCCCUAAAGAGCAAACUUUUCAAGCCUUCGAGGAUAAAAUCCACCAUCAAGCUUCCAAGUCUGCGUUGAUAUCAGUCUCACCCAACACCAGUGGGAAAACUUCCAGCGGCAUUUCUGAUUUAUAUCCAUCCAAUGACACGAUCCCAAGUUUGGCAUUUCAUGGAGAUGGUCCCGAGAAACCGACUCCCAAUGUGAAGCCUUUGAACCGAAUGAUGAUCCCCCAAAACGACCCAAGAGCCAAUUCGUAUCAGAACCCAAAUUUGAAGUACAUCCAAAACAAUGAUAAGUCGAAAAUCAAUCUCCAAGUGGAUCAGCCUCUGACGACCAAAUCCAAGUUCUAUUACUUUCACUACAUUUGAUUUAUGGGUCUUCGCACCCAGCAGGACGCCCCGCUUUCAGACUCGCCAAUCUUCCAAUCUCGUUUUCACGAUGCUCAUAGAUAAAAAUGAUGAAUAAAAGGAAGAUUACAUUUUGUCAUUGGGUGUGUAGAGAGAAUAAAUCAUGAAUAGAGGCAGAAUAAAGGGUAUAAACGCGAAAGAAACUACU